CGCGGCGCCCCAGGCCACACACCCGAGCACCCAGCCAGGGACAGUGGAGCUCCUUCCCCUCAGGCCCCAGCUUGCCCAUGGCGACCCCGUCGUCGCCGCGCCUACUCUCCUCCUUCCUCGGCGACCGCCUCGGCGCCCUCUCCGCCAGGCCGCUCCUCCACGGGACCGCUCCGGGCAGCAGGCGGGCCGCGUACCAGGCGACGAGAACGCUCUGCAACCUGGUGGAUAUCCUCUUCAACAGAGGUCAGAGUGACAGACCGGGAAAUAACCCUAGACGCCUACAGCCUGGGAAAGUAUUUCCUCGUCUAAGUGUUCCUAAUCAUAUACAGCGGCCUCCAUAUGUCAAUACUCGUCAAAGACCUGGAUUGACCAAUGGACCUGAAAUACAUGAUGAAAGAGGGAUUGAAUGCAUGAGGACUUCUGGAAAGCUUGCUGCACAAGUUUUGAAGUUUGCCGGGACUCUUGUAAAGCCAGGCAUAACAACUGAUGAGAUUGAUAAAGCGGUGCACCAAAUGAUAAUAGAUAAUCGAGCAUACCCUUCACCACUUGGUUAUUGCGGUUUUCCAAAGAGUGUCUGCACUUCAGUGAAUGAGUGCAUUUGUCAUGGGAUUCCUGAUUCUCGUCCUCUUGAAGAUGGUGACAUUAUCAACAUUGAUGUUACUGUUUAUCUCAAUGGUUACCAUGGUGAUACAUCCGCUACAUUUCUAUGUGGCGAUGUUGAUGACAAAGCUAAGAAAUUAGUUCAGGUGACAAGAGAAUGCCUCGACAGGGCUAUAUCAAUCUGUGCACCUGGAGUGGAGAUCAAACGUAUUGGGCAAACUAUACAGGACCAUGCAGACAAAUUCAAGUUUGGCGUAGUUCGGGAGUUUGUCGGUCAUGGGGUUGGAAGAGUGUUUCAUGCUGAACCUGUGGUGCUUCAUUUCCGAAACAGCGAAUGGGGCCGUAUGAUGUUGAAUCAAACAUUUACUAUAGAGCCCAUGAUAACCGUGGGGAGCAUAAAUCCAGUUAUAUGGUCAGAUGACUGGACAGCGGUGACUGAAGACGGGAGCUUGUCAGCACAGUUUGAGCACACAAUACUGAUUACAGAAGAUGGCGCGGAGAUAUUGACACAAUGUUAAGGCUGGAGGAGGAAUAGAGGUGAGCAAUGACAAUGAAUCGCUGGCUUGGUAAAAGGAAUAGGAAUCCUGCAUUUUUUUUGGAUUUAUUGGUCCAAUUUGGAGUUACAAACCCUAGUGCAAACUCAUAUUUUGACCUGGACUCUGUCACUACGAUUACCUACAAAGAUUUGGAGUAAAAUUGAUUAUUAGGAUCGUUUGGUGUUUGGUUCCAAAGCUAAGCUAUUUUCAAGUCGUUUGGUGGCCGCUAACUAGCACAGGUUGGCCUUGUAAUUUUG